CGGCAUCAUGGCCUCUUGGAACCGCUCCGGGAGUCGGAUGAGAGAGGCGAAAAUGUUCAUGUUGGUGUUGCUGGUGUGGCUGCUGUCGCUGCUGGAGGCGGUGAAGGUGUCUCCUCUCAUAGAGAAAGUCAGCGACCACAAAGACUUCAAGAAGCUGCUCAGGACGAGAACCAACGUUCUGGUGCUCUACACCAAGACAGCUACAUCAGGGGACUCCCACCUCAAACUGCUAUCAGAUGUGGCCCAGACAGUCAAGGGCCAAGGGACUAUUGCCUGGGUCAACUGUGGAGAUUCAGAGGGCCGUAAGCUCUGCAAGAAAGUAAAGGUGGACCCCAGCUCCAAACGUGGAGGGGCAGAGCUGUUGCAUUACAAAGAUGGGACGUUCCACACAGAGUACAACAGGCCUGCUACCUUCAAGUCCAUGGUAGCAUUCUUAAAAGACCCAUCAGGACCCCCACUGUGGGAGGAGAACCCUGAAGCAAAGGAUGUUGUCCACAUAGAGACAGAAAAAGACUUCAGGAAGCUGCUGAAGAAAGAGGAGAGGCCUGUCCUCCUGAUGUUCUAUGCUCCUUGGUGUGGAGUUUGUAAGAGAAUGCAGCCCAUCUUCCAGCAAGCAGCCACAGAGACCAAGGGGAAAUAUGUACUGGCGGGGAUGAAUGUGCACCCAGCUGAGUUUGACGGCCUCAAGCAGGAGUACAACGUCAAAGGCUACCCGACCUUCUGCUACUUUGAGAAGGGGAAGUUCCUCCACCACUAUGAAAACUACGGAGCCACAGCCAAGGAUAUCACCGACUGGAUGAAGAACCCUCAGCCCCCCCAGCCAAAGACCCCUGAGGUGCCGUGGUCAGAGACAGACUCCCCGGUCUUCCACCUGACUGAUGAGUCCUUUGACAGCUUCCUGGGGGAACAUCCUGCAGCCCUGGUCAUGUUCUACGCCCCCUGGUGUGGACACUGCAAGAAGAUGAAGCCAGAGUAUGAUGAAGCUGCUGAAAUACUCAACAACGGCGCAGACAGUCCGGGCGUGUUGGCAGCAGUGGAUGCCACAGUACACAAGGCAGUGGGGGAUCGUUUCAAGAUCUCUGGCUUCCCAACUCUUAAGUACUUUGAGAAAGGUGAGGAGAAGUACACGCUGCCGCAGCUCCGAAACAAAGACAAGAUCAUCGAGUUCAUGCACAAUCCUCAGGCACCUCCUCCACCAGAGCAAUCUUGGGAAGACAAGCCCUCCAGCGUCAGCCAUCUUGGAUCAGAGGACUUUCGAGAGGCACUGAAGAAGAAAAAACAUGGGCUGGUUAUGUUCUACGCUCCCUGGUGUCCACACUGUAAAAGCUCCAUUCCCCACUUCACCACAGCAGCAGACCUCUUCAAAGAGGACCGCAAGAUCGUGUAUGCUGCUGUGGACUGUACAAAAGGACAGAACCAUGAGCUUUGUAAGCAGGAAGGGGUGGAAGGCUACCCGACGUUUAACUACUACAACUAUGGCAAGUUUGUGGAAAAAUACAAUGGAGAUCGAGGGGAGGCGGGCUUCACAGGGUUCAUGCGCAGCCUAAGAGGACGUGAUCAGGAAAAAGUUGGCAAGAAGAAGGAGGAGCUCUGAGGGCGGCGUGCAGGGAGGGGGGCGUUGCACUGCACAUAUUGUCAUUGCACUGUGACCCUUGACCCUGGCAAGGGCCCUAUCAGCACUGACGUGGGAGACUUGAUGACCUCAGCGAAAGGCUAUUUUUUAUACCAUGGUGAUCACAUUUGUAAUAAUACCAACAGAGUACCUACAGUUAGACCGACCACUUGAGACUUCUUUUUUCAUGGAUAUUCUGAUGGGCAGAAAAUACACAGACAAAAAGUGUUGUUUUUUUUGUUUUGUUUUUUUUCCAGACACUGUGACUGCAUACAUGAAAAGCUACACCCUAUACUGUAUCUAUGCAAUACUGACCCCUGCUUAGCCCUGUGGGGGUCUGUGUGACUGAUUAACACCCGUGAUGGUGGGCGGUGGUGGACAUCAUUAGUUAAAAGUGGAGGCUGCACUGUCAAUCACUCCACAGGGGGUCCUAAUCUAGUCCCAUCAACCCUGCUCUGUCUCUAGAAGAGACACAUUGUGAUUAUUGACAUACAUCUGUUGGUUCCAGUAGUUUUGUACAGAACCUUCAUGUCUCAAGUCCAGAACCAUCCAGAAUAUUGUUUUGUUCUCCUCACAGAUCAGUUAGACAGUGAAAUGUGAAGUGCUACUGUAGGCAAUAAGGUACCGUAGCAGUUUGUCAAAUCCUGGCCAAAGGGUCAUUGUUCUGUAUGGUUCUGGUCUCUCAUGAUUAGUUUUGCUUUUAGAAAGGACUUACAAAUAUUUGUUUGCUUAUAAUGGUGGCCUUAACAAUAUGAAAAUAAAAAAUAGCUGGAAUUGCAGAAAUUUAAAAUGUUAUGUUGCAGAGAAUCAGAGGCCUGGUGCCCUUGCAAUUCCCUCAAGUCAUGGACCAGAGCAAGUCCAAGAAGAAGAAAAACAAUGACAUGAAAUGCCAAAUAUUCUUGCGCAUUGCCCUUGAUAUGUUCACGCUCCGUACAUUUCCAAAUAUUAACAACAUCCACAGCUGUAGUGAUGCUUUACAUGUCCUUCCUCCUCUGUUGUUCAUUCAGAAUGGGAUUUUCAUCAAUGUUUUAACAAGGGUCGGGCUCAUUUACAUAGGCAUGGGAGAUGCUCGAGUGCGGUGGCUAAAUAUUGCAUGUUGAUGAUGAAAUGUCUAAAACAUUCACCUUCCCUCCGUGCACUGAAGCCAUCACAGAUUCCACCCAAUACCCCACAAUCCCCUGUGCUCUCACACAUUGUUCAGGGAGAUGCUGGAAUAAUUCAGGCCAGCGGUGUACACUUUGUGCAUUCAGGGUUUUUGUUUAAGGGUACCCAGUCUGUUUUAUACCCACGAGUGUCUGCCACUUCCCGCUGAACUGAUCGCCACCAAGGAGCCAAAACGACAGCACUCUGGGCAGUUUGGUCUCAGGCUGUGUCUGCCUUUCCUUGGCCUGGAAUUGCUCGGCUUCAGGUUCAGCUUGGACAGUGCUCUCCCAUGGCCUCCGUCAAAUUCCCAGGGAUGACUUCAUAGUACAUCCGAGGAGUAAUUUGUGAGUGAAGGCUCUGGCCCCCUUCCCACUUCUGGCAGCAUAUCAUCGAUUCAGAGCCAUCAUCAUUACUUUUGUGGCAAUUUGUUUUUUGGGUUUUUUUAUGCUGUGUGUUUUCAGCUCCCACGCUUCGGACACUAUAAAUAUUUAAAGGCUUAUCUGUAGCUGAACUUGUGUUUUAUUAUUCAAGACUUUGGUUUCUUUCAUUAUGAAUAAGGUUCUCAGGGAUAGCGAAACACAAUUAAAGGGAACUAGUUUGUUUGUAAUUUUGCAUUCCAGCUGAAUAAUUUUGAGCCCUUAGGUCACCAAAUUAAAUAUUGUUUACAUUUGUAUCCCGAGAAAAAAAAAAAAGAGAAAGGAAUUUUCCUGCUUCUGUGCUAUAUCAUGACAACACGUGUUGAAUAAGCUGUACUGUCAGUAGAUGUUACUGAACCAUUUCCCGUCAAACAUGAUCAUUGUGAUUCAUAAUGGACUCAUUCCAAGUAAAACGGUCUCAAAUGUUCUGGCCGGCACCAAACACUUUUUUUGUGUUCAGUGUUCGAUGUGACUAUCAACAUUUCAUGAUAUGCAAGAGCAUUUUGAAAGCGUGCUUCACAGUUAUACGUUGACAUACAGCAUGACAUUGGGUGUUCAUUCUCCCCUCGAGGGGAACCAACAAGCUUUGUUCACCGUGCCCAUUAGUUUUUGUUUAGGAGCCUCUGCAGUGACAUCCCAUGUUUGCUGACUUAUAGAAGGACCACCUCUGUCUUAUCCCAAAGGUAUCCAUGUUGUGUGGGAAUUUGUCACACUUAUGCCAAGAAGUCAUUGUUGCCUUUGUUGAUUUUUCUGUGCCCAGCCAUACGUACAGUUUUGCCCCAUGCAGUAAGGACCUUGCAAGAUAAAAAAGAAAAUAAAGUCAAACAUUUCC